GAGACGACCAAGCAAGCUGAAUGGCUGGCUUGGCAAGUUUCCGAUCGCUGAAACCUGACUUCCAGGUUGGUCUGGGCGGAAUGAGGGGGAUGAGGUCGGGCGGCGCAUGAAAAAGACGCCCAAAGUAAGAAGGAAUCGACUCCUUUUUUCUGGGUUCCAUAGAGGCUAGCAGCGAUUGAUGUUUGCUCGAUCGGUAUUUCAUCUUCACCAUCCCCCCCAGUGUAACCAAACGAAUUGAUUCCUCCUCCCGAUUUCUUCCAUCUCGAACCCACCUUCGCAAGCUUCCAAAUCCCAAACCAUCACCAUCCGCGGGGGCUUGACAAGGUUCAUCUCCCUUCUCUCGACUUGCCCCGCACUCGUAUUAAUUCUUGUGCCAGCUCUUUGCCAGCUCUUGACCGCGAUUCCAUCUUCCCAUCUUCCUCUUCCCACUACACAACCCGUCACAUUGAUUGACUAGAAAUACGGAUACCCUACCCAACUAACCAAUCGUCAUCAUGGCGACCCUCAAACCCUACCCAUUUCUACUCGGGUUCAUCGUGCUUUUCUGCUUCGUGCGACCCACGCUCGCCUUCGGCGCCGGUAACAUCGCUGGAAUCUCCAAGAUCGAAGGCCAGAACUGGCGUCACGGUGAUAUCGAGGAUGCUCUCCUUAGGAUCGCUAUGGCCCGCGUGGCUGGCGGCAAGAAGUUCGACAAGCUGAUGGUCUCCCGCGUCUACUUUGGCAACUGGCUGCGCGACUACUCGCAGGCUAUCGACGUGGGUACAGUCAAGGCUGUCUCGGCCGAGGCCAUCCGCCUCCUCCUGUGCAUCCUCGGUUUCGUCACUUUCGGUUACGGGAGUGGUGAGUUCCAGGUCACCGCCGAACGUCUGGGCUGCUACCGCCCCGAGGACCACAUCGACAACCCCAGGAACUAUGCCGACAACCUGGAUGCGACCGACUAUGACCCCCGUCUGCGCGCACCAGUUGACGAGUCGGUAGAGCUAGCCAUCGACGAGGAAACGGGCAUGAAGAACUACAUUGCGAAUGAGAACGCUGGCAUCAUGACCUCGGCCCUGCAUGUCCGCCGUCUGUUUAGCAAGUGCAUCGAGCUGGGCCGCUCCUACGGCCAGUCCGGGGACAAGGAUGAACUCUACGAAGCCCUGCGCCUCCUGGGAACCGGCCUCCACUGCCUUGAGGAUUACUUUGCCCACAGCAACUACACCGAGCUUGCCCUGAUCGAGAUGGGCGAGGAAGACAUCUUCCCCCACGUUGGCCGCAACACGAUGUUGAGGAUCCCCGGUGCUCGUCGGGAGGUCUACCCUAUCGUUACUGGCACCUUCGGUGGUGUUGACUUCCUUCACUCGGUCACCGGCGAACUCUCCGACAAGAUGAUCCAAAGCGAGAUCGAGGAUCUCGAGGGAACCCUACAGCAGAGCACCAAAACCGACACUAGUCUUCUCCGUGACUUGCUCGACAAGAUCCCCGAUGGCCUGCUCGGUGGCAGCGACAAGUCAAAGCUAGACGACAUCCAGCAGGACGCCCAGGCCGCCCAGAUGGAGAACGUGGAAGUUUCGCCGCGAGAGCCCGAGGAGUUCACCAACCACAUCAGACGAAUCUUCAAGCAGAUCAUGCCCGCCAUCGAGUUCCACGACGAACUUCUCAAGAACAUCUCCGAGGCUAUCUCCAAGGUGCCCGUCCUGCCCAAGAUCGUUGAGCAGCUGGAAGAGCAGAUGUCCAUCUUUGUCUUCCAGAUCAUUGCGCCGUUCAUCGUCCCGGUUAUUGACCAGAUCAAGAACGAGCUCGCAACUGGUGCCACCGAGAUCAUCCAGAGUAGUCAGAACGAGCAGCACAACAUCUUUGAUGACGACGACGCCACCGACCCCACCCACUCGAUGCUGUCCAAGGAUCACUUCACCAACAUCCUCAACGAAAUCGGCGGCCGCACCGCAUCCAAGGUCGUCCAAUGGACCGUGCCGCAGCUCAUGGAGGCGUGGGAUGACGAGGGCGUCGACGUUGACCAGCUGCUCAACAAGAUCAUCUACGGAGUGCUGCACCACCCGGCGCAGCGCAAGAUGGGGCCGGACGGGGCCGACGAGGGCCGCCGGCUCAUCUUCGACAUGGUGCGCGAGUGGUGGGACGACAUGGGCGACCAGCAGCGCGACGAGUACCGCCGCAAGCUGAGCCGCGACGGCGUCGAGCGCGGCGAGAACCACCGCGAGGGCCAGCGCGACUGCGGCCACGGCUGCGGCGGCAAGCUGAAGAUGCACAAGAACUUCCGCAACGAGGAGGAGAAGACCAUGGAAGACCGCAUCGCCGGCGCCGCCGCCGACGCCAUCAUGGGCGGCGUCAAGCAGGGCCUGUCGGACGCGGUGAGCAACCAGGGAGGCGGCGGCGGGGAGUCGGGCGGCCUGGGCGGCUUCCUCAGCAGCGUGGCCGGCGGCUUCCUCGGCGGCGGGUUCAAGAAGGACGAGACCGAGGCGUACCAGGCCGGCGGCCGCACCGAGGACGGCGGCUACUCGCAGACCACCACCGAGUACGGCCGCUCCGACGACCGCUACGGCCAGGCCCAGUACACCGAGACCCAGUACGGCGACGGCGGCCGCCGCAGCGAGUACCAGCGCUACGAGCAGCGCGAGGACUCCGGCGGCCGCG